CCUCAACCUCCCACCAUCCUCUUCAUUCUAUUCGCCUCCAUUACUCCUCAUUCAAACAAACACGCUAUACUGUUCUUCAUUUAUCUUCUCACUUGCAAUCUCAAAUACCUUUGAAAAAUAUGAAGUACGUAUUGGUAACUGGAGGUGUAGUUAGCGGGCUUGGCAAAGGAGUGACGGCGAGCAGUAUCGGGGUUGUUCUCAAAGCUUGUGGGCUUCGAGUUACUUCCAUCAAAAUUGAUCCAUAUUUGAACACUGAUGCUGGAACAAUGUCGCCAUGUGAGCAUGGAGAAGUUUUUGUUUUAGAUGAUGGUGGUGAGGUGGACUUGGAUCUCGGCAACUACGAAAGAUUUCUGGACAUUAAAUUAACCCGUGAUAACAACAUUACUACGGGAAAGAUUUAUCAGACCGUCAUUGAUAAGGAGAGAAAAGGAGAUUAUCUGGGGAAAACAGUUCAGGUCGUGCCACACAUUACUGAUGCAAUACAAGAAUGGAUUGAACGAGUUGCCAAGGUACCUGUGGAUGGCGGAGAAGGACCUGCUGAUGUUUGUGUUAUAGAACUAGGAGGGACUAUAGGAUCCACAAUCCUUGUACGCCAUAACAACAAUGGAAUUCUUGAUGCAGGGGAUAUAGAAUCAAUGCCUUUCAUUGAAGCAUUGGGACAAUUUUCCUACAGUGUAGGUCCUGGUAAUUUCUGCCUGGUUCAUGUCAGCCUUGUGCCAGUUUUAAAUGUAGUUGGCGAACAGAAAACUAAGCCAACUCAGCAUAGCGUUCGUGGCCUUAGAGGACUUGGGUUGACACCAAACAUUCUGGCCUGCCGCAGUUCAUCGGCACUGGAUGAAAAUGUAAUGGAGAAACUCUCGAGGUUUUGCCAUGUUUCGGCUGACAACAUCAUUACUCUUUAUGAUGUCACAAAUAUCUGGCACAUACCUUUGCUGCUAAAAGAGCAGAAGGCACAUGAAUCAAUAUUAAAAGUACUGAACCUUCAAAGCACCGCUCGAUAUCUCAAUUUGGAUGGAUGGACAGCUAGGGCAAAACUUUGUGAUACACUGCGUGAUCCUGUGAGGAUUGCUAUGGUUGGAAAGUACACUGGUCUUUCCGAUUCUUACCUAUCUGUUUUAAAGGCCCUCUUGCAUGCUUCUGUUGCGUGCUAUAAGAAACUUGUAGUGGAUUGGAUUCCUGCUUCUGACCUUGAAGAUUCAACCAAAGAAGAGUCACCCGAUUCUUAUGAAGCAGCAUGGAGUCUAUUAAAGGGUGCAGAUGGUGUACUAGUUCCUGGAGGUUUUGGUGAUCGAGGGGUUCAAGGGAAAAUACUGGCAGCAAAGUAUGCUAGAGAAAAUAACAUUCCAUUUCUCGGCAUUUGUCUUGGUAUGCAAAUUGCUGUCAUUGAGUAUGCUCGUUCAAUGAUGAAUUUGGAAGAUGCUAAUAGCACUGAAUUUGAUCCGGAUGCAAAGAAUCCAUGUGUCAUAUUUAUGCCAGAGGGUUCGAAAACUCAUAUGGGGGCUACAAUGAGACUGGGGGCUAGAAGAACACAUUUCCAAGUUAAAGACUGCAAGUCUGCAAAAUUGUAUGGGGGUGUCAAGUAUGUAGAUGAACGUCAUCGACACAGAUAUGAGGUAAAUCCAGACAUGGUAUCAAAGCUGGAAAAUGCUGGCCUCUCAUUUGUUGGCAAAGAUGAAAGUGGAAAUCGCAUGGAGAUUCUUGAGCUGCCUGGUCAUCCUUAUUACGUUGGAGUCCAAUUUCACCCAGAGUUUAAAUCAAGACCGGGAAAACCUUCACCACUUUUCUUUGGUUUCAUUAAGGCUUCAUGUGGACAGUUGGAUGCCUGGCUACAAAAUAAUCUCACUACCGUUGCUAGCAAGUCCCCAGUGCCAAGAAAUAUCAAACCAAAACCCUACGAAAAUGGCAAUGCAAAAAUCAGAAUAAAAAAUGGAAGCUACUAUGCUAAUGGUAACAGUGUUCAUGCCUAACAAAAGCUUGCCUUGCUUUCUUGUUCAGUUUAGAUUUUCAAUAGGUUGAGGGAGUUUGCAGUGGUGGAGCUUAUUCCAGUUUUUUUUUGGUUACUGAGAAGGAGCAGCCUUGGUAUUGUCUUUAAAUUUGUAGUAGGACUUGGAGUUUUAUCUUUCACCCCUUCUUCCCUCUUGUUAUGUUUUUUUGUUUUACUUGAAAGAUAUUAAAUGCUUGAUUUUAUUGUAUGGGGACUUCUAUGUCUUGUAAAAAAAUAACAGCUACUAUUAAUGAAGUAUAGCUUACUCUGGUGUUGUGUAUUGUA